CGCAGGACAAGAUACAAGGAACAGAAAGAACUGGAGGAUACUUGUAAAUAGAGCCAAUCUCUUACUUUAGGGAAACGGCAAGAUGAGGAGAAAAGAAUAAGUAGACACAAUACAUUUCAACAAAUACUUUACGCUCGUGACGCUCGGCCAGACAGCGGCAGCGGCGGGGUGUUCGGCAGGAGGCGGGCUGUGGUUUCAGUGUUUUUGGUCUCUGUUACUCAUUCCUGCGGCCUAGACACUCUGACGAACAAGGAGGAUUUGCCUCAUCCUGCUGGCACUCCUGACGAGGCUGUGGCAGUGGUGGUGCCUGUAUGAGCCUGCUGGAGGCCUGUCUGAUGGUGGGGUGGGUGUUGCAGCCCCGCCCUGGUGCCUCGUGACGUGGGGCCGCCCAGCCAAGCAAAGGCUGAGGGAGGGAAGGUAAGAGAGCACCAUGUCCCUUCAAGGCAGCUGUUCUGAAGCUGAGGGAGGAGUGGAGGCUGAGGAAGCAGGUGGGUGUGAUGAGUUGGGGUCUCGUCUGGAGGAGGAGCUGAACCGAAGCAUUGAGAAGAUGAGGGAAGAGGAGAUAACAGCAGUGAAGUCACCAGUGCUGGCAAAACCAGAUAUUCCUGUGGCAAGACUGAUCAGCCUCAGUGACUCAGUGUCCAGUGGUGGGAGUCCAUCAGGCAGCACCUCUCCUCACUCUGGCAGUGGGUUCCCUCACUCGUCACUGGAGCUGCUGCAGGAUGUGGAGAUGCCCAACUGCAACAUUAGCUGCUGUGAAUCCACCCAACUGUCCACCUCCCCCACCAAGAAUGACAGUAUGGAGGCAGGACAACAGGCAACGAUGGAGGGCAGCACACAGGGCUGCCUGGACACAGCUGUGCUGGUGGUGACAAGCUCCCCUGCCUCUAGCGACAGUCUGACUGACUCUGUCUUCAUCAAGGAGCACACAAACUCCCCAUUCUCCUUCUCCGAGCUGCUGCAGGACAUAGAGAUGCCCACCUGUAACUUGAGCUCCUGUGAAUACUCCAGGCUGCUCUCCCUCCCCUCCAACUCCCCCACCAGCAUGACCCACAGUGGCUCACACCAUGCGCCUGCUGAUGACAGCGACGACCUGAAAGCCACCUUGGCAGUCCCACUGGACAACACAGCAACGCUCAGGGACCAGGAGACAGCAGAUGUGGACAAGAUAAAUCCAAGGAUGCUUGCUCUCUCCCCCAUUAAGAAGAUGAACCUGAAAGAGAUUCUCCUUUCCCAGGGUAGCCCAGGGGACCUUGAGCUGAGCAAGCUGGGCAGCGACACACUCUCCUCAAGUGGUGUUCUUGGUGAGGCACUGGUGGUACUGACUGAAUUGGAAAAUCAAGCAGCUAACCUCACCUCAUCCCCACAGGCCUCAGAUCGCCGGUUUACUGUCCAUCCGCUUGAUAUGGAAGGCAUAAACGACAGCCUCCUCAACUCCUCCCUGCAGACCUCACCACAGAAGCCACUGCCUGUGACAUCGCAAGACUGUCCACUGCCUUCUGUGUCCAAGACAGAGGGGAACGAUGUGCCACAACACCACCAGACAGUCAAGAAGGAGAAUACCAUGGACAGGAUGACCAAGCUGUUGGGUAUCACAAAUGACCAGGACAUUUGUAGUAAUGAGAAGGGAACAACAGUUAGCCCACCAGGCACAGAGAAUAAGAAUUGUACUUUUAUUCCUGCUGAAAAGUGUGCUAACCAGACCUUCAAUACCCUUGGCCACCCAGUGAAGGAGGGAAAUCCAGCUGUCAACACCACUUUUGACUCAAAAGCUCAUGCCAAAAAUGCCAAUCCAACUACCAACACCACUUUUGAUUUCAGUACACAGGCACCAGGGAAUGGAAAUCCAACAGCCAACACUACAUUUGAUCUCAAUCAGGCAGCAGGGAAGGUAAAUCCAUCUGCUAAUGUUACUUUUGAUGGAAAGGGACAACCAGCAGAGAGGGGAAACACAGCUGCCAAUACCACUUUUGACUUGAACAAUGUAGCAGCAAGGAAGGCUAAUCCAAAUGCCAACUCAACAUUUGACUGCAACAAACCAGCAGCUGAUGUAACGUUUGACAAAAACAUGGCAACAGAAGGGAAAGACCAACCUGCAGCUGUCAACACCACAUUUGACUUCAAGACAAACCAAGAAGGAAAUGGAGCCACCAACUCAACUUUCAGUGCCGGCGAGAACCCUCCAUCUCAGUCUGACAAUGACAAAGCUGACCUCAACGUGACAUUCGAGAAGGGCGAGUACAGGAUUGGCUCACAGAACGAGACGGUGAAUUUGAUGGAUGCGGAGGAGAACAUUCUGCAGGUGAUUCUGGACGCCACACCAAAGAAGAUCUCCAAGCAGCCACCCAAGGCCUCCUCCACCCCUAAGAUCUCAGGGAACCCCCAGCAGCCUCACCUCAAAGCAGGGCUCAUGAAAGCGUCAACCACGAAUUUCCUAAACCGCCUACUGGAAGGAGCCAAGAAGGAGGGCCAGCAGGAGUCAGCAGCCCCUGCUACCACCAGCACCACCACCUCAGGUCUGCCAGCAGGGAUGAAGCUCCUAGAUGGUGCAGUGUUAGGUGGCCAGCAGCAGCAGCAGCAGCAGCAGCGUCGACAACUGAGAGGGCGUCCAGGUCCCAUGAAGGCCCUGCCCCUCAGCAUGGUGGUAACCAAUGCCGCACACUUGGAGGCCACUGCAGGUGGUGACAGCUCCAAUGGUAGCACCAAGCAAACAUUGUGCCAGAGGAGGAAGGUCACAGUGCCUUCCUUUGGCUCACUGAGCAGCAUUGAGAAUGAAAUGCCAAGCACUCCAGACCUUGGCAUCAACCGUAACUUGAGUAUAUCAAGUCCAGAGGCAUUUAGAAUGGACAUUUUGCCCUGCGCUCCUUGCAUCACCAGCACCCCAACCAUCAGUGGCCGAGGCAUUCUGUCAGCCAUGCUGGAGAUGGAUGGUGCCAUUCCCACCCCCAUUUCACAGGUCUCCUCCAAGCCACACUUCUCCCGGCUCAUCAGCUCCUCCUCCCAGCCUGAUGGAAUGUCCAGUGGGAGUCUGAACAAGGAAGAAAUGAACCGAAAAUCCUCCAGUGAUGAAACAGAACCUAAGAACCUUCCUGACCAGCCUUCCCCAGCAGACAUUGAAUCAGCCCCACAGCCACACCCACCCAGCCUGCCCAGGAAUGUGGAGAUGGACAGCACAGGGGGAAAUAAGGCUGAAGAUUGUGUGGAGCAACAGAAACCAUCCACUUGUUCAGAUGUAACUCAAACUGUGCCACCCUCACCACAACUUCCACCAAAAACAUCACAGCCACAACCACCACCACCAUCACCACCUUUACCUCCACCACCAGAAACAAAACGACCAACAUCACCACUGCAGCCAUCAUCACCAGUACCUCCAACACCAGAAACAACACAGUCAGCACCAUCAUAUCCACCAGCACUACAACCAUCAUCACCAGCACAGCCAACAUCACUAUUGCAUCCCACAUUAUCAUCAUCAUCAUCACAGUCACCAUCACCAGUAGCAAAAGAACCAUCAUCACCAUUACCACCAUCACAAACCACAAUGACAGUACAACCACAAGCACCACCACCAACAGCAGCAGCAGCACAACCAUCAUCACCACCACCACCACCAACAACAGCAGCAGUACAACCAUCAUCACCACCACCAACAACAACAGCAGCAGUACAACCAUCACCACCACCACUACCAACAACAACAGCAGCAGCACAACCAUCAUCACCACCACCACCACCACCACCACCACCAAUACCAGCAGAACCAAAGCAGCCACUGUCAUCAUCAUUACCACCAAUGCAAACACUAGCAUCCCCAACAUCAACAACAGCAACAAGAGCAGCAGCAUAUUCACUACCAUCACCACCACCACCUGCAAGCAAGAAGAACAUCACCAUAACCAAGCCACAAAGGAAGCCACUUGUCUCACCAUCAUCAAACAUAAUGAGGCCAAAGAAGAGUGCAUCAGUGUCACCACCAUCAAAGAUCACCAAGCCACAGAAGAAGGUCUUGGUUUCACCAUCAUCAACAAAGUCACUACCAGCAACAUCAGGAGCAGCAGCAAGGAAGGAUGGUAACCUAAAAAGAUCAAGUAUUCUUUUAAAACCUGCCAUGCCCAAGGUCAGGCAGGUCCAGCCACCAAACAUGUCUGAUAAGGAAAACAAGAGGAGAAGCCCUCUAUCAGAGACCAGGCAGAAGGUUCCACAACCUCUGACAAAGCCUGAAAGACAAUCACUAUUGCUCAGUAAGAGGAAUCCAGCUCCCAGAUUGGUCCUGAAGCCAUGCAACACCAACACAAAGCCAAUCAUUAAUAACUCAAAGGUUUCCAAUCAUGCCCCAGCUUUGAAAGGUGUUCCACUCAAGAGUAAUCCACAAGUAGAAACUGUUGGAGCAACAAGUGGCAAGGAUAAAUAUAACCCAAGAAAAUCCUCACCACAGCCCAGGAGUAGCUUGCCCAGAAGCUCCUCAGGCUCCAAGUUACCAAAGACUUUAAAUACAUCAGGCAGUAACUUACCAUCCUUGAAGAUAUUACCAAGUUAUCCUAAAAAGCUGCCUGCAACUGGAGCAAGUCAAGCACCAGGAGCAGCACACAAGUCUGGGCUGAAUGUGAGUGGCACAUCAGCACCAGUCAGCGCCCCUCCAGCCAAGCCUUCCUCUGCACCACAAAUCAGGCCCAACCUGACUGUGAGGAACAGUUUGGGACUGCGACAAAAGCCUUCCUUGCUGAAGACUCCAAAGCCUGUGCUCUGAUUUGACCAGCAUCCAAGUAAAUAUUAUGGAAUUUUUGUACAAAUUCACCAUUUUACAGUUAUUGCUUUCUUUUAACAUUUGAUAAUUGCUCCAUAAAGAACUGUCAUUUUUGGAUAAAUUUUGUAACUGACUUUGAUGUUACUAACUAACUUAACUAACUUUUUUUUUACAUAUGCAUUGGGUUUAAUCACCAUAUAGCACUACAGCAGUUGUCACUUUGUGGAUGUAAAUAAAUGAGAAAGGCUGUGCCCUUAAGGUAUUGUAAUAUACUCGUACAAUAGUUGCUGUGCAGAAUAAGAAGACCCUAUGUCUGGUGGCAGCUCGUGGUUGUUACAGUGAUUUUUGGUAUUAUAAGUAUUGUUAGUAGAAGCUUCAACUGCCACUGACAGUGUAGGUAGUUUUACUUAUGCAACUCUGAUAUGGUGGUUACUUGUAUGUUUUCCAUGUAUAUGAGGUAAUACUGUUAACUUGCUUUGUUGUGAAGAUCAGUCUUCUUCCAAUGAGGUAAGAUGUGAGGAAAUGCUUGUGUGUGUGUGGAUGGUGCCGUGCCUCCUGGUAGAGAUGUUGGCUGCCUGUCACGUGUAUAUAGAAAAGGAAUGAUCCAAGUGUCAAGUGCCUUCAUUAGUCAGAGGGACCAAAAUUCCCAGUGUACUGAGGUGUCUCAAAGGCUUAAUGCAUGCCUUCAGAUUUCCAGUUUAGAUAACUGUCAUUGGUUGGAAUUAAGUAACUUUUCUUGAAACCCUACUAGGGUGUUAUCUGUUUAUGAACAGUACAGCUUCAGGAAAGAAUUUUGAUGUAUUUCUUCACUACCUGUUUGUAAAGUAACAGAAUUUGGACUCAGUACAUCAGUGCUGUUUUUAAUUUUUUUAAAUUUUUCUUAUUUAUUUUAUUCUUUUUUUUUUUUGGGGGGGGGAUGUUUAUACUUAUUAUAUAUAGGUAAGUUUGGAUAUGGUAGUACAAACCAUAUAGUCAGACUCUCUCUCUCUCUCUCUCUCUCUCUCUCUCUCUCUCUCUCUCUCUCUCUCUCUCUCUCUCAUUUUUACCAUUUUCAGCCACAGAAGUCGGAAACAUGCAUCAAGACUUCCAGCUGCCAUAAGCUUGAUAUUUUAGUGGAAGAUUGUUUUAAUAUAUCCGUUUUAUUAUUUAUACGUACAUUUUGUGAUAAAAAAAUUCACGUAUAGUUUUAGUUUAUGAUAAUUAUAUACAGCUAUCCCUUUUGUUUCAGUGUACUAUGCAACUAAUAAAGCAAUAUAUAUGUAUGGA